CGAGGUCUCACUUCGUAGCCUUUCUUGGAAAACACGUCAAUUCCUUUAAAGCUCGUUUGUGUAUUGAAAAACAAUUAUUUCACCAGCACAAGUCAAGUUAUGCGUUCAGCCUGCUGCACAGAUUGUAUUCAUGACAAGAAAAAGACGCAAGCGCAAUAAGGUGUUUUUCGUUGAACGGUGACAAUAGACGAUCUUCGUAUCCUAGCGUUCUCGCCAUUUCCACGCUGUUAAACUUAGUGUAACCGAGGGUUUAUAUAUAUAUAUCGCCUAUACUGUAUAAUAGUACAAAAUAACAAACACGGAGGCUCCAGUUUUACACGAGGACCACUUUAUUUCCUUUCUUUUCAAAACUCCGCUCCACCACAACGUGUCACCACUUCCGCUCUCCGCGCCUUCAGAAUAAGAGCUCAGGGCAUAUACUGUAUAACAGCUUAUAACAGGAACUUAACAUCACAAAGAGGAGCGACGCUCACAUGGACCUGAAAGUGCGGCGCUGACUUCCGGUGUGACUGCACGGUUAGCUCCGUUAGCAUGGAUGCUAACAUGAAGACAAUGGAGGAGUUUGCUGCGGUCUUAUCAAAUGUAACCAUGAGAGACGUGCAGGACAAGUCCAUGCAGACGGAGGAGGUGAUGCACGCCAGCACGGGCGACGGCGGCGUCAACACGGACGUGGACUGGGAGGCGCAGGUGGCGGCCAUGUUUGCGUACAGCGACGUCCUGGCCAAGGAGCACAGUGAGAUGAUGAAGUCGCGGGAACAGGACGAGGGCGAGCGAGGCGAGCGGACGCAGCAGCUGCAGAAGAAGAAGUUGCAGACCACCCGCCAGCAUCAGGUCCUGCUGGAGAAACUGGAGUCGCUGCGAGUGAAGCUGCAGCUCAACAACGCCAAGAGCAGCAGGAAGAACUUCCUGUCCAAGAAGCAGGAGAUGACGUCGGAGAGGAGCCGCGCCGAGGAGGAGAGGAGCAGGCUGGCCCAGGAGCUGCGGCAGAGCGACGGCAAGCUGGCGGCGCUGACGGAGGAGCAGCGCGAGGAGCAGCGGCGCUGGCAGGAGGAGCUGGAGGUGCUGAGGAAGGAGGUGCAGCAGGUGGCCAAGGAGACCAGGGAGGCGGAGAAGAGCGCCGGGCAGGACGAGCUCGCCGCCGUGGAGAUGCAGCGGGACGUGGCCAUGGGGCGCAUCAAGGCCUGGCUGGCCGAGGUGGCGCAGUACCUGAGCGUGCUGCAGAGGGUCUUCCCGCAGCAGUACCAGCAGGAGAAGCCCACCUGGGCCGGCAAGGAGGCGGCCGUGCGCAGGAACCAGGCCGAGCUGCAGCGCCGCUUCCAGGAGGUCCUGCAGCUGCUCCAGCAGGGCCGCGACCUGGAGUCCCUGCCCAGGAUCAACGUGGCCGCACUGCCGCACGUGCCCACGGCCGACCUCAAGUUCAGACAGAUGAUGAACUCGCUGCUUCCUGCCCCCCCACCCAGACCCAACUACUUCCAGCCCCCGCCUCACUACCACCCCCAAUACUUCCAACCGCCCCCGCACUACCUGCCGCGCCACGCCAUGCCCCCGCCGCCCUACCCCCCCUACGUCAGAGCUCCUGCCAGGUUGCCGCCGCCUCCGCCGCCCUCCGGCCCCCUGGAGAAGGUGCUGGACCGGCUGGGGGCCCGCUUCCCGCAGUGCAGCAGGAACCAGCUGACGCUGCUGCUGCAGCAGGUGAAGAGCGCCCGGGGGACUCUGGCCGGGAUGUCCGUGGACCAGGUGGCCGAGCAGGUGGGCCUCAAGCUGGCCCAGGGGGACGCCUUCCCCUCCAGGCCGCCGCCGCCAGCCAGCCAGCUGUGCCUCAUGUGCCAGAACGCCGUGGACCCCGAGAGCCGCCACCCGCUGAGCUGUUCCCACGCCAUCCAUCAGGACUGCAUACGCAUCUGGCUGCAGUCUAGUCCUAACAAGUCCUGUCCUUUCUGCCCCGCCAAGUGAACCUUUGGUCUCCUUUUUCAAUCAAAUCUACUUUUGGACUGAAGUCCAACAGCUCAACUGUCUUCUUGGCGUCCAGCUCAGCUGCCCAAACCUCAAGUCACGUUUCAGUUUUGCCUCAAAAUAUCACUUUUUCAUGAAACAUUAUAGCGUCAAUAGAUGGACUUAACUCUUUGCCGGAUUUGUCAACGUCAUUCAGUCUGUGGUUUCCCCGGGCAACACCAGAAAUGUGGCCCGUGUAAACCCAUCCGACCGGAAGUCUACCAAUACACAUACUUCUGUGGCUGAGUACAGUAGAGACACGAUGCACGUUCAUAUUGUCAACAUACACUAGCGUUCAAAAGUUUGGGGUCACAUGUAAAUGUCCUUAUUUUUGAAGGAAAAGCACUGUACUUUUCAAUGAAGAUAACUUUAAACUAGUCUUAACUUUACAGAAAUACACUCUAUACAUUGCUAAUGUGCUAAAUGACUAUUCUAGCUGCAAAUGUCUGCUUUUUGGUGCAAUAUCUACAUAGGUGUAUAGAGGCCCAUUUCCAGCAACUAUCACUCCAGUGUUCUAAUGGUACAAUGUGUUUGCUCAUUGGCUCAGAAGGCUAAUUGAUGAUUAGAAAACCCUUGUGCAAUCAUGUUCACACAUCUGAAAACACUUUAGCUCCUUACAGAAGCUACAAAACUGACCUUUUGAGCAGAUUGAGUUUCUGGAGCAUCACAUUUGUGGGCUCAAUUAAACACUCAAAAUGGCCAGAAAAAGAGAACUUUUAUCUGAAACUCGACAGUCUAUUCUUCUUCUUAGAAAUGAAGGCUCGAACACUAAAUUGUUUGGGUGACCCCAAACUUUUGAACGGUAGUGUACUUCUGUGGCUGAGUACAGUAAAGACACGAUGCACGUUCAUAUUGUCAACACAUUAAAAAAAUGUGUUGAAGGCUCACCUCAGCUGAAGAUACUCGCUGUUGUUGUCUUCGAGCCACACAGUUGAUGGCUUUCUACUGUGCUAAUAAUGACAUUUCUACUGUGCUAAUAAUGACAUUUCUACUGUGCUAAUAAUGACAUUUCUACUGUGCUAAUAAUGACAUUUCUACUGUGCUAAUAAUGACAUUUGUACUGUGCUAAUAAUGACAUUUGUCGUGCUCGUAGAGCGUGUAUUAUGUUGUUGGCCUGGCGCACGUAAACAACACUGGAAGUGUAUUAGCUGAGGGGGCGUGGCUAAAGGAUAGAGAAAUGUGAAUUAUUUGCAUGCAUGUUUUGUCCUUUGCCAUGAUAAUAAUGUUAGUAAAUGAUGUAGUACAACAAUGUGUGCUACAUGAGGUUGGUGGAAGGUCAAUAGUUGCAGGAAAUGUCGUCUUAAUUUCCCACAGUUCCUUUCUGGCCGAUAGAAAUGUUCCUCUUUUGUCCUCCAAUGGCCGCCGACACGCCUUCUUGUCCUUGUAAAGGAGAAGGAAGUUGUAGAAACAUGGCAACGCUGAAAACCUCUUCCUAAAUGUGUAUUCUUUCAAAUUAGCAACAUUUAGAAUCAAAAUAAAAAUCGUGAUUUUGAUGUGAAUACAUUUUUUCGAGACGGUUUCCCUUUUGUCCGGCCCCCCCGUGCACGUGGCCGUCACCUUUAUUUUGCGGGGGGUCGCGAGCGUGUCCCAGGAGGAAAUAAAAGGUGCGACCGAGACGAGGCGGGAAAAGGCACGUGGUCCACGAGGCGUGUCGGAGGUCAAUGGCUGUUUUGGAGGAGCGUCAAUUCCUGUUGUUGACGGGCCAGGAAGUGCCCCCGCCAAUUAAAAGUGAUGGACUGCGUGAAAGCAGCACAUAAAUAACAGACAUAAAAAUCCAUAGCUGUCAAAGCUCAUCUCAGACGUGUGCCCGCUAAGCCCCGCCCCCCCCC